GACAGACAAAUCUUCUCCAUAGAAUCUCUUCGAACAUCUUCUGUAAUAAAAUCCCUAUUGUUCUUUCCACAUUUUUCAUCCACAACCUUCUGCAAAUUUCCUUUCUUCAUUAUAUAUAAAUUAGGGUUUUGGUUUUUGGAGGAAUUUGUAAGGAACGAUCGAUGGGUACGGAUACAAGGGAGAGGAAAGUGACAAAGCCGAGCCGAGCCGCCGCGGCCGCCGCGCCGGAGACUGAGCAGCUGCCCUGCCCGCGAUGCGAUUCCACCAACACCAAAUUCUGCUACUACAACAACUACAACUUCUCCCAGCCGCGCCACUUCUGCAAGUCGUGCCGCCGGUACUGGACGCGCGGCGGCGCUCUCCGGGACAUCCCCGUCGGCGGCGGCAGCCGUAAGAACGCCAAGCGGUCUCGGACCAGUACUGUCGGGACGACGACGCCUGCAACCGUCGCCGGUGUGGCGCCUGUUUAUUCCUCCUCCUCUCGUCGCGAAUUUCUACAUCUUCCGGCCGGUGCUUCUCCGAUUAUGUUUCCGAUCGCCGCCGAUCACGGCGGCGCUCCGCCUUUCAUCGGCGAACCUAAGCCGAGCGGGAGCUUUACUUCGUUGUUGAAUGGUGGAUCCGGGUCGGGUUUACUCUCGCUGGGCGGGUUUGGGUUCGGGUUUGGGCUCGAGGAUGUGGGAUUUGGGCUGGGGAGGAGCUAUUGGCCCAUUAAUGGUGGUGUGGAAGGAGGACCGACGAGUGGAAAUAGCAGUUCUUCGAGCUUUGCUGGGGACACGUGGCAGAUGGAGAACGAAGAGAGCGUUGUUUAUGGCGGGAGUGGAGAUAUUAUAACCUUCCCUAAUCUUGCUAUUUCCACACCCGAUGAUGUUUUGAAGCGAUAAUUCUAAUCUAAUCUCGAAUUUUCCUUCCUGUUUUUGUCAGUUUGUCUGUUUGAACAGAGCUCUUAAUUCAUAUUUAGUUCUUUGUUGCUCUUACUGAGAUUUGUAAAUUGUAAUCACAAUCAAAGCUCGUAAUUUGCUUCGUGUUUGAGUGACUACUUGGGCAGAACUUGGUUAGGGUUUAUUUUGGAGGUAAAUCUUUGUUCUGUAACUUCUGUUCUGCGAAUUGAGUAUGGUUUGCACGUUGUGGU